CUAUGCAGAAUUCUUCAGCUACUGGUAAUGAUUUCAUUGUUGACGAUUGUUUUGCUGAUGAUGAUUUGCUGUUGCAACAGAAUUCAAACAGCAAUUAUUUGCUCAACAAAAAUCUUUUCUUGAGCGAGAUAAUUUUGAAAAUGAAUUGGGUCCAAGUGGAGUCAAUGAGGAUCCUUUUGGAGAAAAUUUUACCGACAUGGCGAGUAAUGAAAUAAUUGAUGUUUUUGGUGAAGGAGAUUUUUCUGCUAGGUUUUUGUUAAAAUUAAAAAUGUUUUUAACUAAUUUUAGACCGGUUGUUGUAUUUUAUGCAUAUAGACUUCCGUCCAAUAAAACAUUUGAUCAUUUGAAGUUUUUAAGAUUUGUUCAGUUUACUUUAGACAAAAUUGUCGACCAGGACUACACAGUUAUUUAUUUUCAUUAUGGUUUACGUUCUAAUAAUAAGCCACCAUAUAAAUGGUUAUUUAAUGUUUAUCAACUUUUGGAUCGGAGAUACAAGAAAAAUCUCAAAGCUCUCUAUUUGGUUCAUCCAACAAAAUUUUUUCGUAUCGUUUGGCGUAUAUUUCAACCAAUAAUUUCAUUUAAAUUUGAAAAGAAAUUACAUUAUGUAAAUUCUUUAAAUGAAUUGACUGAUUUUGUUUCUACAACAAAUUUAAAUCUCCCACAGCCGAUUAUUGAUUUUGAUCUUUCAAUUUCUUCGUCAUCUCCAAAAUCUUCUGUUAUUUCUAGUUUUGAGAAUAAUGUGGAGAAGCAACCACCUAGACCAACACAACAAUUUAAUGUGUCUUUGAAAUUUAUUAUGGACCAUAAUCCAAAUUGUGAUAUUCCUCCAAUCGCGUCUGAUUUGAUGGACUUUUUACUUGAACACGGACUUCAAACUAAAGGGAUCUUUCGUCGUUCAGCUAAUGUUACAACACUUAAAGCACUACAACAAAGAGUUAAUUUAGGAGAAAAGAUUGAUUUUCUUCGAGAUCCAGAAUUUAAUGGUGAUUUGGAGAAUAGUAUUUUAUUGGCAUCUGUUCUUUUAAAAACUUUUCUUCGUUCUCUUGGAGAGCCGCUGAUUACAAAUAAAUUAUAUCCCGAAUUGACUCUUCUUGCUGCUGCCAUCGAAAAACCUGCAUAUAUUGAUGCUACACGUGAUUUACUUCAACGAUUGCCGCCCGAAAAUCUUUUACUACUUCAACGCAUAAUAGAAUUUUUAAAACAAAUUGAGGCGCAUUCUGAAGAGAAUUUGAUGAAUGCAAAUAAUUUAAGUGUUGUUUUUGGACCAAAUUUGACUUGGCCAACAGAUCAACAAGUUCCAAUGUCUCAAUUGAACAAUUUGAAUAAAUUUUGCUACACGUUAAUUAAGCAUUUUGAUUUAAUAUUUGCAGACAAUUAA